AUGGAAAGAGGGAAUACAACAUCAACAACAGAUUUCAUUCUUCUCGGCCUUUUCCCUGGAAUGAAACAUAUAGAUUUCAUUAUCUCCAUCAUCUUCCUAAUUUAUAUCUUUGCUAUCACUGGAAAUGUCAUCCUCAUAUUUUUGAUUUGGGCAGAUUCCCGUCUCCACACUCCGAUGUAUAUCCUGCUCAGUCAACUUUCUGUCAUUGAUGUGGCCUUUAUCUCCAGUGUUGUUCCAAAGAUGGUUAUUGACUUUUUCUCAGGGAAGAAAGACAUCUCACAUCUUGGAUGUGGAAGUCAGAUGUUUUUCUCCCUAAUGCUAGGAGGUGCUGAGUGUAUCCUUAUCACACUUAUGGCUUACGAUCGCUAUGUGGCUGUCUGUAAUCCAUUACGCUAUGUGGUCAUCAUGAAUCAUAACAUCUGUGUGCAGAUGGUUGUUGGAUCCUGGAUUGGAGGCGCAUUAAAUUCACUAGUCCAAACAAUCUAUACAAUGCAUUUCCAAUUCUGUAACUCUAGAGAGAUAAAUUAUUUUUUCUGUGAAGUCAUGGCAGUUCUAAAGCUCUCUUGUGAGGACACUUCGACCUAUGAGAUGGGGAUAUUAAUGGCAGGCAUUGUGUUUGUCCUUAUCCCAUUAGGACUCAUUCUGACCUCUUACAUACUUAUCUUCCUUUCUGUCUUGCAUAUGAACUCCCCUGAGGGGAGGAAUAAAGCCUUAGCAACCUGUUCAUCCCACUUGACUGUGGUGAGUCUCUACUUUGGACCAGGAAUCUUCAUCUACAUGAUGCCUCGUUCCUCUCAAAUUCUCAAGUUAAACCAGAUCCUUUCCAUUUUAUGUACCAUCCUUACUCCUAUGCUCAAUCCUCUCAUCUAUAGCCUGAGGAACAAAGACAUGGUAGGAGCUCUAAGGAAGGUCCUGGAAAGGUUCCUGUGCUCUAAAUAG